CUUCAGUGAUUCAGUCAUCACGUAAAUAGCCAAGUAACCAAAAUGUUCAAAAAGUCUGGUUGCAGUGUAAAGCUUGACCAAUUAAGACAUUAGCCAUGUGGAUUAUCGACCUAGGCGGUCGUCAUUAUCCCCUGGGGCCUUUCCGUGUGAAAAUCCGAAGAAGAUGAAGCUAUCAAAUCCAGAUGAUUACAAUGAUGAUGAUGAUGUCGGAUUUUACUCGGGAUGUGCAUCACGUAUCAUGAAUAAGAUGUCAGCCAAAUCUCUGGCUGAAAAGAUGAAAGAGUUUGCGUCAGAUGAUGAUGAUACUGAUGACCAGGUGUAUGUCUCCAGCUCAACAGCCAAGCUAGCAGAGGCCCCAUGUACACUGCUAGAUGACAGUAUCCUGUCACAAACAGACAGUGCCUUAGACUCCAGACUACUGAACGCCAGCCUUGUACGCUCCCCUACACCACCCCCAUCACCACCCAAGAAUGAGGUCACUGGGAAACAACGCUCUUACAGAACCAAAAAGAAGAGAGAUCUUGAAAAUGCUGUCAAAGUGCUAGAUGCUGACCUACAGUAUGCCCAGAGCCAGCUGAACUGGAGCAACAACAGCAUCGUGGGGGAGGAUGUGUGUGUGAUUGAUGAUGUGGAGGACGAUACCACCACCGUACGCAUCCUUGUACAUGGCCAGAUAGAGCGCUUCCAGUUGAGACCUGACGACCCAAUGUCGCUAUUGAUAAGCCAGAUUGCACAGCAGAAUGACAGAGAUGGUGAUAACAUCAUGCUGGUAUUGAACGAUAGAUCAUUGAAACUGAGUGACACACCAGCAUCCCUAAACUUGUCUGUGGCAGACAUUAUUACCUGCCACAUUUUAGAGCAGAGUCAUACUCAUAAAACUGUCGUGAUUGAUGCUGACAUGAUUGAAGUCGUGGUACAGACAAGCACACUGAAACACAAGGAAACCAUUAGGGUGGGCAGUAAUGCAUCUGUGGGCACCAUAAUAGAAGAAUAUUCAAAGAGGACGGGAAAAAACGUUGUGAAAGUGCGAUUCGAUGGAGACACAGUGAAUCUAAAAGACACAGUGCAAUCAUUGGGACUUGAGGAUGGAGACAUUCUAGAUGUUCUUGUUACAUAAUGAAGGCUAGCUUCUCCUUUUUAGCUCGACUAUUAUAUAUGAAAUAAAUAUAGUGGAGCUAGCCUACUCACCCCGGCGUUGGCAUUAGCGUCUGUGUUAGUGUGCAAAUGUUAAAGUUUUUGACUACCCCAAAUAUUUUCUUUGUCCCUUGACAUAUUGCUUUCAUAUUUUGCAUACUUGUUUACCAACAUGACCCCAACCUAUAAACAAUAGCAGACAACUCUAUCAAGCAUUUCGUCAUAAUAAUGGCCCCUUUUCUUCUUAGAAUAUGCAGCAAAUGUUUUCGUACUACCCCAUUUAUUUUCAUUGUCCCUUGACAUAUUGCUUUCAUAUUUUGCAUACUUGUUUAUCAACAUCAUUCCAAACUAUAAACAAUAGCAGACAACUCUAUCAAGCAUUUCGUCAUAAUUAUUGCCCCUUUUCUUCUUAGAAUAUGCAGCAAAUGUUUUCGUACUACCCCAUUUAUUCUCAUUGUCCCUUGACAUAUUGCUUUCAUAUUUUGCAUACUUGUUUACCAACAUCAUUCCAAACUAUAAACAAGAGCAGACAACUCUAUCAAGCAUUUUGUCAUAAUUAUUGCCCCGUUUAUACUUAAAAUAUGCAUAUUAUUGAUAAAUCUAUGUUAAAGUUUGUGUACUACCCCGAAUAUUUCCUAUAUCCUUUCUUUGACAUAUUGCUUUUAUAUAUUGCAUACUUGUUUACCAACAUUACCCCAACCUAUAAACAAGAGCAGACCACUGUAUCAAGCAUUUUGACAUAAUUAUGGCCCCUUUUACACUUGGAUAAUUGAAAAUUUUGCUUAAAUUGCCAUAACUUCUUUAUUUAUGAUCACAUUUUAUUAUUACUUUGACAAAACAGCACUAACCUGAAUACCACAAUGGAUUCCACCCAAAUAAUAUCCCAAGCCCCUACCCAGAAUUCCUUCCCCCCCCAACCUACC